UAAAAGCAUUUAUGUGCAUUUAUUAUCCAUUGUUUUGCAGAAACCUGGAUACUCCACGAUGUGUGAGGUGUUAGUUGUUCAUACCAGUGAGGCCAGCGAAUGGGCCGAGUAUCUACAGCAAAUCUUGGCCACAUCAUGUAACUUUCUGGAGGGCUCCGUCAUUCUGUACGAUGUUAAUGAACAGAUUUGCCUGAAAAAUGAUGAGUUGUUUGGCUCCAGCAAGUGUAUCAUGCUUUUGCUGUCUACUGCGUUCUUGGACAUGCAGCAUGACCCAGACUUGCAGGACACUUUCCGGGAUCUUCUUCAGCCUCCUCACAAAGUUGUCGCUUUUUUGUGUGGUGUAUCAGAAAGGCAAGUGUCAGCAGAUUAUUUUGAACACUGGGAACAUUGGAGAAAGCUCAACUCAGAAGAUGAACCAUCAGUAUAUGUGUCUACUGUCCUUCAGUGCAUAGAUGAUGAAUCCGUUAGUGAACAUCAUUGCCAGAAUACAUAUGAAAUUGAACUUGAAGAACGCAUGGAUGAGUUCACAAUAUCUGAAAUUCCUGACACCUUAACUUUACCCGAUGAGAAUGAACAUCAUCAGAUGAACGGGAAUGAUCUUUGUCCCACUGAGCAGACUUGUUCAAAUGCAGCUGAGCCACAAGACGACCAAAUCUGCCUCACCGCCCAACCGGACGACCAAAUCUGCCUCACCGUCCAACCGGACAGAAUACCAUGUGGGAAUCGUGUGAAUAUUUAUAUAAUCAUGGCAAAGAAAUUUGUGGAUGAGGGCAGCCUGGAGGUGGAGUUUCACUCUCAGCACUCAACACCGCAGCGAAUGCCUGGGACUCUUGUAAACGAGUGUAUUGUUACUGUACAGUCACCUGAAAUGCCUUCUGGGAAAGUCUCAUUGACUCUUUAUAAUAAUGAGUCUGUGGUCUAUUCAACAACAGUAACAUAUUUCACAGAAAUGGAGGAAAUCUGCAGGUAUCUAGAGAAAGCAAUGGAUCCAAUGCAGUUCAUGUGUCAGGCAUUUGAUAUCACAUCAAAGGUGCCCGAGUCAUUGGAUCAUUUGCUCGCAGACUCUCUGGAAGAACAUUUGCCUCUAAAUGGAUUACAAGUAUUUGGAAUUAGUCAGAUUGCAGAUAACACAGAAGCAAAUAACCGUAAUGUGGAACUCCCAACACUGCUUCACUUCUCGGCCAAAUAUGGCUUAACAAAAUUAACGUCCUUGUUAAUGCGGUGCCCCGGAGCCUUGCAGGCCUACAGUGUGAUGAACAAAGAUGGAGAUUACCCUAACAAUCUGGCCGAGAAGAGUGGCUUCUCUGAUUUAAGACGCUUCAUGGAUGAAUAUGUUGAGACAGUAGAUAUAGUGAAGACCCACAUGGAGGAAUCUCAGAACAACCCUGACAAUGAGGAUAUCUAUGAGGAUAUGUUGACAGCUUCCCAAAAUUUCAUCACAAAUUUCGAUAAUGAGGAUAUUUACGAGUCUAUGAUAAAACUGAAACCUGAGAUGGAUGAUGAUUUGGAAGGUGCUUUGGAGGACUCCAACGCGGAGACAAUGCUGAGAAAGUUUUUUGAAGCAGAACCUGACAAGCAUUCACAAUCCUUGCAACAUAAUUCAACCAAUGGUGGAUUCCCUGAAAUGGAUGAUGAGGAUUAUCAUGACAUGGGCAAUAAUGUGGAAAUCUAUGGUGAUGUAGAAGAGGAGGACCCGUAUAACCCGUGCUACCCUGAUCAAAUUUAUGAUACGGUGGAGGAACAUUCCAACCCUGAAGUGAUCAAUCGCCCACCUGCACCGAUUCCCCGGCCAGCCAACCUGCCAGAGCCUGAAGAGAACACAACCUACAUUUCCAAAGUGUUUUGCCUCAAGGAACCUGUAUACUCAGUCAGUCAAAGGCCAGAAAGGGAUUCCUCUCUAGCACCUGUACGGCUGGUGGGAGACAGCGACAUGAUCAGUCACCAUGACCCCUUUGCAGGCAUGAAGACCCCUGGACAGAGGCAGCUCAUCUCUCUGCAGGAGAGGGUGAAGGUGGGAGAGCUGACUGUGGAAGAGGCAGUGCAGGAGUUCAAGGCUUGGCAGUUUGAUCAAGAUAAAAGAUGGCGCUCUCUCCGCUUUCAGCAGGAAAACUUACAAAAAUUAAGAGACAGCAUCACACGACGCUGUAAAGGCAAAGGGCCAACCGAUCUUAUGAUUACUGCGCCGAUGCAAACAAACGUUCAGUGGGGUUCUCAAAUGAACGUGAAUUGCUCCGUGUACGAACCCACACCUCAUUCGAUUGCCCAACCCCCUCCUGUUAGUAGACCGCUGCAGAGAGGAAGCUGGCAGACAGGAAGCACCUCCAGCACUUCUAGUAGUAGCAGUCACAGAUUGAGCAUUCAGAGCACCGUUAGCAACAGCAGUGGGAUGGACGGUGAAUGUGAGGAGCCUCCAGACAUUCCGCUUCCUCCACGGCCUCUCCGGCCUACAGUGAACACUCCACCAGUACUCCCUCCACCCCGGGUCCCGCCACGUGUAACGGAGAGGGUUCCAGAGAUACUAAACGAGCGAUACGUAUCGAGUCCAACACGUCCUGUUCCUCAGACGCCUGCACAGAGGUCUAUGCCACCUCCACCUAUACCAAGACGAACAUGGUGAUGGCCUGCUUCAACAUUGCUGGCUUUCGUUCUGUUUGACUGUGCACUUUUCUUGUUGAGCCUUUGAGAUUUGUAAGUCUCUUCAAGAUGGAGGAAAAGAUACUGGCUGUGUCUGAAACAGAAGACAUCUGCUUGGCUGUACUGUCAGUCAGUGAUCUUACAGAGGUUCGAAUGAAGGUGUCUCUUAAGGAAGCUGGUUUGCCAUCUAUAUUAUUUUUACUAACUGCCAAAUCUGCACAGAAUUGUGCAGCA